CUGUCUGCAGUCUCUGGUCAUCCCCUGCACUGUCUGCAGUCUCUGGUCAUUCUCUGCACUGUCUGCAGUCUCUGGUCAUUCCCUGCACUGUCUGCAGUCUCUGGUCAUUCCCUGCACUGUCCGCAGUCUCUGGUCAUUCCCUGCACUGUCCGCAGUCUCUGUCUCUGGUCAUCCCCUGCACUGUGUCCGCAGUCUCUGGUCAUCCCCUGCACUGUGUCCGCAGUCUCUGGUCAUCCAUGCACUGUGUCCGCAGUCUCUGGUCACUCCCCUGCACUGUGUCCGCAGUCUCUGGUCAUCCCCUGCACUGUGUCCGCAGUCUCUGGUCAUCCCCUGCACUGUGUCCGCAGUCUCUGGUCAUCCCCUGCACUGUGUCCGCAGUCUCUGGUCAUCCCCUGCACUGUGUCCGCAGUCUCUGGUCAUCCCCUGCACUGUGUCCGCAGUCUCUGGUCAUCCCCUGCACUGUGUCCGCAGUCUCUGGUCAUCCCCUGCACUGUGUCCGCAGUCUCUGGUCAUCUCCUGCACUGUGUCCGCAGUCUCUGGUCAUCCCCUGCACUGUGUCCGCAGUCUCUGGUCAUCUCCUGCACUGUGUCCGCAGUCUCUGGUCAUCUCCUG